AAACUGAAGCAGCACUAGAACGGGAGGGGGGAGUGUGACGAUGAAAUUGUCCACGGGCCACGGCACCAACAGGUAAGAAAAACAUUUUCAAUCGAAGCCGUUCAUGACUCGAGAUUGCAAAAUUGCAAUAAAAUCCACACACACAAAGACGGCGCCAAGUUCAAUCCCUGGAUAAGGUUACUUUUCUUACACUCUCCUCCUUCCUCAAAUCCUCUCUCUCUCUCUCCCUCCCUCUCUCCCUUCAACAACACACCCUCUCUUCUUUUCUCCACGUAACGAGAAAAAGAGAGAAGAGACUCGUUGAGAUUGAGAUAAAACCCUAACAAUGGCCACACUUCAAGCUUCCCUUCUCUCCAAACCUUCUCUUCCAUUCCCAUUCACAUUCUCAUUUCUCUCUCCCAACCACUCCCCGUUCUCCAUUCACCACCUUCCCUUCCACCCUACGCGCCGCGUUCCCUCCACACUCCUCUGCACCUUCCGCCCAGACAGCGUAACUUCCCGGUCCGAACCCAAUCCCUCUGAACCGGAACCCGGUUCAGCCGAUAACGAACCCAAGGCCAGCGCGGGUAUAAAUUCGACGGAAGAAGGUGCAGUUGCGGAUUCAGAUUCAAACGAGUCGUGUUUGGAAGGUGCCGAAAGCCCCGAAACUGUGGUGAGGAGUGACGUGGAUUUAGAGAGCGCAGGAAAGAGUGCGAAUUUGGCUGCGAAUGAGGUUUCUAGAUUUCCGGUAGUGGUGUUCUUCCUGGGACUGUGGGUGAGGGUGAGAGAAGGUGUGAAGAAGGCUUUGUCGGAGUUCCUUGAUUGGUGGCCGUUUUGGCGGCAGGAGAAACGCUUGGCGCGGUUGAUCGCCGAGGCCGACGCGAAUCCGCAAGAUGCUGCCAAACAGAGUGCUCUGUUUGUUGAGCUCAAUAAGCACAGCCCUGAGUCUGUCAUCAAGAGAUUUGAACAAAGGGAUCGAGCCGUGGAUAGUAGAGGGGUUGCAGAAUAUCUUCGAGCUCUAGUGGUCACCAAUGCUAUUGCUGAAUAUCUUCCAGAUGAGGAAACUGGAAAACCUUCUAGCCUUCCUAUCCUGUUGCAAGAGUUGAAGCAGCGUGCAUCAGUUAACUCAGAUGAGACUUUUCUUAGCCCUGGGAUAUCUGAGAAGCAGCCAUUACAUGUGGUUAUGGUUGAUCCAAAAGUAUCAAACAAAUCACGUUUCGCACAAGAACUCAUCUCAACUAUUUUGUUUACAAUUGCUGUGGGGUUGGUCUGGUUUAUGGGUGCUGCUGCACUUCAAAAAUACAUUGGAAGCUUGGGUGGGAUUGGAACUUCAGGUGUUGGCUCAAGUUCUUCCUAUGCCCCAAAGGAGCUAAAUAAGGAAGUGAUGCCAGAAAAGAAUGUAAAAACAUUUAAGGAUGUAAAAGGUUGUGAUGAUGCAAAGCAAGAACUUGAGGAAGUUGUAGAGUACCUAAAAAAUCCGUCUAAGUUUACACGCCUUGGGGGAAAAUUGCCAAAGGGGAUUCUUUUAACAGGAGCACCUGGAACCGGAAAAACUCUACUAGCCAAGGCUAUUGCUGGCGAAGCUGGUGUUCCUUUUUUCUAUCGGGCAGGCUCUGAAUUUGAGGAGAUGUUUGUGGGAGUUGGUGCUCGACGUGUAAGAUCCUUAUUUCAAGCAGCCAAAAAAAAGGCUCCCUGUAUUAUUUUCAUUGACGAAAUUGAUGCUGUUGGAUCAACAAGGAAACAAUGGGAGGGCCAUACGAAGAAGACAUUGCAUCAGCUACUUGUUGAAAUGGAUGGGUUUGAGCAGAAUGAGGGAAUAAUAUUAAUGGCUGCAACAAACUUGCCUGAUAUUCUUGAUCCAGCUUUAACGAGGCCUGGUAGAUUUGACCGGCAUAUUGUUGUACCAAAUCCAGAUGUACGUGGUCGGCAAGAAAUAUUGGAACUCUAUCUGCAAGAUAAACCUAUAUCUGAUGAUGUAGAUAUUAAAGCAAUAGCUCGUGGUACCCCAGGGUUCAAUGGGGCAGAUCUUGCGAACUUGGUAAAUGUUGCUGCCAUCAAAGCUGCAGUGGAAGGUGCAGAGAAAGUAACAGCUGCACAGUUGGAGUUUGCAAAAGACAGAAUAAUUAUGGGUACUGAGCGGAAAACAAUGUUUAUAUCAGAAGAGUCAAAGAAGCUUACUGCUUAUCAUGAGGGUGGCCAUGCAAUUGUUGCCCUUAACACAGAGGGUGCGCAUCCAAUUCACAAGGCAACAAUCAUGCCACGUGGAUCUGCUUUAGGAAUGGUCACUCAGCUCCCCUCAAGUGAUGAGACAUCAGUAAGCAAGAAGCAGUUGUUAGCUCGCCUUGAUGUUUGUAUGGGAGGAAGAGUUGCAGAAGAGCUUAUCUUUGGUCAGGAUUAUGUUACAACUGGAGCAAGCAGUGAUCUCCACACUGCUACUGAACUUGCUCAAUACAUGGUAUCAAAUUGUGGGAUGAGUGAUGCCAUUGGGCCAGUUCAUAUAAAAGAGCGACCAAGUUCUGAAAUGCAGUCACGUAUUGAUGCAGAGGUUGUGAAACUCCUUCGAGAAGCAUAUGAUCGGGUGAAAACCCUUUUGAAGAAGCAUGAGAAGGCAUUACAUGCACUGGCAAAUGCAUUAUUAGAGUAUGAGACACUUAGUGCAGAAGAAAUCAGGCGAAUACUUCUCCCAUAUCGGGAAGGGAGACUGCCAGAGCAGCAGGAACAAGAAGAAGCAGAAGGGGAGCUUGUGCUGGUGUAACUUUUCUCUCCACUUCCUGUCUAUUACUGUACUAAUUAUGGGGGAAGCUCUGUACAGUAUACCUAGAAGCCCUACAGGUAUUUUUCUUAAACUAGUUUCUCAAGUUCCCCUCCUUUGUGCAUGCUAAUCUUAUCAUAAGAUGCAUAUACGAAGAAAGAUACACACCGCCGGCAUCUCUGAAGCAACUAGUCCUGCUUACAUUGACAAAGGUCAGCUAUUAGAGUAUGAUCGGUCUUGCUGAGGGGAAUAUUUUUUUGUCCAAAACUGUGUAAUUGGUAGGAAUUGAACAUUUUCAGAAAUUGUGUUCAAUAGCCUGUGCAUUCAUUUUUUUUUAAAGAAUUUCUUGUUCAUUGAGACCCAAGUGUCUGUUGGCAAGGUUAAAUUGUCAAUGAAAGGGAAGCCAUAAAUAAAACACAACUGUGCAGGAGUAUUAACGUUGCUCAAACCCAAGCUCCUAAAACCUGACCUCGAUUAUUGAUGGUGGAUCUGCACUUUGAAAAUGGAUAAUCUUUGAAUGAGCUUGGGAAAUAGUCACUAUGUUGAGUGAAAUCGCUUUUUGUUAGCAUAGAAAAAUCCAGUGACCUUGUGGAGUAUGUUACGAGACCCAACAAGCCUGUCACUCUCAAGACUAGAGAUGACUGAUAGCAACCUUGCAUAAGCUGUCCAGCAUAUACCCCAUGAAUUUAUUUAAAACAGCGAGUAAUGGAUGAGUGUUACAAAUAAUAGAUCAUGAGACGAGGUGUAUCUACCCUUGAUUUAAUAUAAAGUACAUUGUGAUAUUAACUAAAAUUCAGGAUACAUCAACAUGUAUGGAAAAAAGUUUAUAUUUGGGAGGGGAAUAUUU